AUGGCGUCAGCAGGACCAAUAAAUCCCGCUCUUAUUCAAGAGCAUGUGCAGGUGCGCCAGCUGCACUUCAUAGAGCACAUCGACAGCGAGCUGUCGUUCCGAGACCAGGAUAAGAGCGGUGGCAAUGCAAUCGUUAAAGUGCGGGAGGAACAAAUCAUUUUUAUCACCAAGUCCGGGGACGGACACAUCCUCGUCGCCCUGCAUGACGACCCGGAGAACCGGGACAGGCCGUUUGAGCUAUCCGGAGUAAGCUCCCCGGAGCUACCCCAGCCCGUCGUGGAUGCACACCUCCUGCGGGAUCUGCCCGAGGGGCUGAAGGGAUCUGCGAACCACAGACUUCAUGUCAUCAUCUCGACGCGGUCGGGGGUCGGGCUCGCCCAGAGCUUCUACGAUGGUGUGGUCGAGCCACUGCUCGCAAGCCUCGGACUCAAACCUCGGACUCACAGCGACAACGACCUCUUGGCAACAUCAGCACAGGACGACAGCCUGGCGGCGGCCGAUGGCUGCACCUACAAUCUCGUCGUCACGCAGAGCUCCCGGACGAUCAAGGACUUCGCGCGGGACCUGUGGAGGCGCAUCCCGGAAGUCCCGGCCGGGCAGCGGCACACGAUCCUGCUGCUCUCCGGCGACGGCGGCGUCGUGGACCUCCUGAACGGCAGCCGCGAGCCACCCAUGCCGGGUACCGUGCAGCACCACCACCACCACCCGACCAUCGCCAUCGCGCCCCUCGGCACGGGCAACGCCCUCUUCCACUCCCUGCACAAGCCGCACUACUCAUCCGGCGACGGUUCGAAGCCGCCGCCGCCGUCGCACUUCGCGCUGGCCCUGCGCACGCUGCUCCGCGGCGCCGCCCGGCCCCUGCCCACCUUCAAGGCCGCCUUCUCCCCCGGCGCCCGGCUCAUCACGUACGCCCCGCCGGGAGCGGCGACGGCCGACGGCAACGGCACGGCGUCGACGACCACCACCAAUGGGGACAGCAAUGCGUCCGACAACAAGCUCGAGGAGCACGCCGACGCGGUCGACCACCUGUACGGCGCCAUCGUCGCCUCGUACGGCUUCCACGCGCAGCUCAUCUGGGAGAGCGACACGCCCGACUACCGCCGCCACGGCGACAAGCGCUUCGCCAUGGUCGCCGGCGAGCUGCUCAAGUCGUCGCACCAGUACCGCGCCGAGGUCGAGGUCGUUCUAGCGUCGUCGUCGGGAGGCGACGGUGGCGGCGGCGGCGGCGGCAAGAAGACGGCCGUGUUGCUGGACGGGUCUGGCGGCACGACGACGACAACAGCAAGCAAUGAAGCGGCAGCUAACCAUCACGAUGAUGGCGACAGAGGCGACGGCCGGGGCCGGUUCACGUACGUGCUCGCGACGAUGGUGUCGAACCUGGAAAAGACGUUCACCAUCUCGCCGGCGAGCAGGCCGCUGGACGGCCGGCUGCGGCUCGUGCACUUUGGCGGCGCGGACGGCCGGCAGACCAUGGAGAUCAUGAAGGCCGCGUACCAGGAGGGCCGGCACGUGGGCAUGGCCUGGUCCGGGGGCGGCGAGAAGCGGGCCGUCGGGUACGACGAGGUGGACGAGGUCAAGAUCACGGUCGGGGAGAGCGACGCGCGGUGGAGGAAGGUGUGCGUGGACGGGGUCGUCGUCGAGGUCCCCGAGGGCGGGUGGAUGAGCUUGAGCAAAGUGGCACGGCCGAGCUACCGGGUUCUGGUGGCUUGA